UUGCCACAACACCACGUCCCCGAGAACCAGUCUGAACCAAGAGGUGUACCACGCGAAUCUCAGUCGGGAGGAAGCCGUUUCGCAUUCAAUUGAUGAAUUCUCUUAUUUCUGUUUUAGGCACUCAUCUUGCUAUGCAUUGGGGUUCCUUCGGGCUGGCCUGUUUAUUUCAUACCCAGGGACAUAUCCAUGAAUUUAAGUCGCUCACAUUAACUCUGGCCCGUGCCCUCAACGUCUUUUCUCCGCACCGUCAGUCGCUGAUGCAACUUCGUAAUCUCGAUCAACUAAGCAGGAAAGCAGGCCGUUGACCGAUUCAUCAGGCCUUUGUUGCCGUCCGCCGCCCGUGGGUGGAUGAGGACCGAGGGCCACCAAGAGCCAGAUGCGGUGGAGCUGAAGAAACUAACGAUCGGCCCAGCCCUCCUCCUCAGUCACCAGCGAUCCCAGAAACGGCAUGCGCCCCCAGCUAUACAUCCGUACGGAUAGAGAGAUUGGGCCAAUUCUGC